AUGAUGAUCUACGAGCGUCCCGUUCACGACGUGAUCGUCCCCAGUCCUGGCUCUCCGCCCGGCAUGACCGCCUCCAAGUCUUCCAAGUCGUCCUCCUUCCACUCUCUCAGCUCCGAUGACAACAGCGUCCUCGCCGACGCCAGCCACUUUGAGGAGAUCGGCCUCGAAGACGACACCCUGCACUUUGAACACGGCACCGCCGACAUCAAGUCUCCGACUCCCAACCGCUUCAGUCCGUCUUACCCGUCCGACCUCCGCGCGGCCUCGGCCAAGCAUGUAUCCCAGCGGCUGCCCUCGUCCCGGGACUUGGCCAGCAAGUCUCGGCCCCAACCUCAACCACAGCCCCAGCGAGACAUCACGGCGGCACCUCGCAAGCGCCCUGCCUACCCAGGCCUCCAGAGCCAUGUGCGCAACAUCAACGUGCGCAGCACCAGCACCCAUGCUCUCGUUCCCGACCCCCUUCCCAUGAGGUCGCUCGGCCCUCGAUCUUCGAGCACUCUGUCUUUCCGCCGCCGCCGCAGCCCGAGCCCAAACCUGUCACUCAGUCCCAGAGAUCCCAACCUGGUCACAAAGCCGCGGAGGAGUAGUUGGCAAUCCAACCGAGAGCGCAAGUCGGCUUUCCAGCUGGAACAGGAGUGUGACGAGGACGAGGGUGAUGACAUCCCAGAGGGGUUGAUCCUCGACAACGUGCCCAUUUCGCCUCGCCCUGCUUCCGAGCGUACUUUCAGCCAGCCCAGCUCAAAGGCAGCAUCGCCGGAGAGGACGCCCAAGGAAAAGGUCCGGAGCGUUGGAAACGGUACUCCAGCUGUCGCUACAGCUCAGGGGUCGCUCAGGUCACCCUCUUGGAAAUCCGACUCUGCCGCCAGUUCUGCCAAGUCUCCCACGAGCACCGACGGUAUUCCACAGCUCAAGAGCCGUGCCAAGAGCUGGACUGCGGCCCUAUCGGAGCUCAAUGCGGAGGCCAAGGCGUUGACGGAGAAGCUGGAGGAACAUGCCGAUGAAAUCGACCACAAGUCACAGCGGUCCAGCACCGGCUCCAUGCCCGCCGUCCGCCGCUCCAACACCGACUCGUAUGAGAGCAAACCGCGUCACAAGUCCGCCUUGGCAGAGCUGCCGCCCCUGAGGCGGACUAAUAUUAUGAUUGACCCGUUGCCCAUCUCCAAGGAGAAGGAGGCCGUGCUGUCUCGAACUAGGCCAUCCUGGCUUCCGCCCAAGGAUCCUGCCGAGGAGCGACGCCACCUCAAGGAGUACCAAAAAAUGAUGGCCCACAGUGCUGAGGCGGACCGUAGGAGGGAAGCCGCCAAGCGGGCCAAGUCUGAGUGCCGAGACACAGCUGCCGACAGUCUCAUGCAGAUCUGGGAGCACGAUAUCGUUCCCCGGUGGAACGACGCGAUCCGGGAGCGCCGGACCCGCGAGUUGUGGUGGCAAGGUAUUGCGCCGCGGAGCCGGGGCCUGGUCUGGACACGUGCAAUCGGAAACGAUCUCGGCUUGACCGAGGCAUCCUACAAUGCUGCUCUGGGCAGGGCUCAGGAGGCCAAAACCCGAGUGAGUGCUGGCAACGGCUCCGAGGACGACAUGGCGCACAAUUCUUGGUUCGAGACCAUCGGCAAGGACGCCGAGGAAAACACAUGGAAGGAUCUGAAGAUUUUCCAGAAGGGUGGCCCGCUCCACCAGGGCCUCAUCGAUGUUCUUUCGGCAUAUGCCAUGUACCGCAGCGACAUCGGUUAUGUCUCCGGAUGCAAUACCAUUGCGGCACUUCUCCUACUCAAUCUCACGUCCCCAGCUGCCGCCUUCAUCUCUCUCGCCAAUCUGCUCAACAGGCCCCUUCCGCUCAGUUUCUAUGCCUCGGACGCCGGCGCCAAGGCAUCGGCCUACAAUCUUCUGCUCCAGACACUGUCACACAAAUCUACUGAGCUGCACGACCAUCUCGUCAAGCUGCCUGAACACGAUGCGGACCUCUAUCUGGGCGACAUCUUCACGAGCCUACUGACCGGGCAUCUGGCCCUGGACGAAGCCACUCGUUUGUGGGACGUGUACGUCUUUGAAGGAGACGCCGUCCUCGUGCGUGCUGGUGUUGCCUUCCUUUUGCGCAAGGAGAUGCAUCUUCUCGGUACUAAGAGCAUCGAGGAGGUCAGGGCUGUCCUUGUCGACUCCUCCUCCAAGCAGGAGGAGAGCACCCAACGCGUUGUCACGAGGCAGGGCGAGGAAGACCGCUGGAUGCGGGCCGUGAGGGAAGCCGGCAAGGCAUAA